AAUAGAUUUCUUUGAAAAUUGUGGCCCUAUUAAAUGACAGUUGCGCCCUUGUUUAUUUUCCACUGUCUGUUUCGCACUAUACCUACUCUAAGUACGCAAAAUAUGAAAUAAGAAGAUUUUGGCAAAUCGGGCAGAUUCAACAUUUUUGAAACGGUCACCCUGCUAGUUCCCUUUGCCUUAAUUAGACGAAUUUAAUACCAAAACAAACAUUAAACAUUAAGUUGUGAUUAUUAAUUAUUUAAUUUAAUUACAGUCAAAGAUUAAUAUCAUCUUAGUAAUCAUAAAACAUUAUCAUGCCUCGGGUAAAAAUCGAUUAUAUCGUGAGUUUUAGCAGCGAAGAUUCCGUAAGUAUAACCUCAUAAACUCAUUGGGAUAAUUUAGUGAUAUUUUGAAAUAAGUUAGUGAUGUGAUGCAUGGAAAUAUUGUUGAAAUGAAUAGAAAGUGUAAUAUAUUAAAAAAUUACUUUACUGAUGUAUUCAAUUCUGAUUCAUCAUAAUUGUGUAUAAACAAUGUCGAAUGAUACAGGAAAACCCGGCAAGUAACUUAUUAAGUUGGGAAGUCAGCAAGAAACGUUGGUUGUGUGCCAAGGGUGAGCCUUCAUGCUCCGUAGUUCUGCAGCUCACAAAAGCAGUGAAGAUUUCAGCUAUACAUAUAGGAGCUCAUAAUGCUGCUUUUGUGGAGGUACUUGUAGGAAGAUCAGAAAAACCAAAUGAACCAUUCCAGGUGCUAUUGCCGAGCAGCGUGUUUCUGUCUCCAAGUGAGUCUCGUCGGGCAGAGGGCGUGGAGCGGGUCCGUUCGUUCAGUGAGCCGCUGCUGACCGGCGCCGGUGGGGCACAGCGCUGGGACCGCGUGCGGCUCGUGUGCUCGCAGCCCUACAACAAACACUGCAAGUACGGAUUAAGCUUCGUGCAGAUAUAUGAGCCGGAGUCGUUAGAGCUGGCGAUGGCUCCGUCGCCGGGCGGCAGCAGCGAGGACGAGUUCAAGCCCGGGGAACUGUUCGCCGCGCACCGGAACAACUCGCAACAAUCCAACUCUGACACAGGUUGCCACCAUUCACCACAUUGACAUUAUCAUUCAUUAUCAGCAUACUUGUACGAGCUGCUGCCGCACAAUCUUUAGUUUUGAUAAGAAAUGAUACGGAGAGUUCAAUUGAUAGAAAUUAUUUAUUGAUUUUUGACUUUUUAUGCUAAAUGAUAAAAUGAUUUGAUAUGAGUACACACCGUGACGAUCGAAUGAAUACUAAAAAUGAUGACAUGAAAAUGUAAUACAAUGGAGUAAAAUGCUGAAUUGCUUUUAACAUACUAUUGUACGGUUGUGAACCGUACAAUACUAAUUUUUUGAUUCGUGAACCGAGCCUGUACAUUUUACCCAAUCAAAACAUAAGUGUCUUUGAAAGUUAUUUAAGAUCAAAUCAACAACAACUCCAUUCCUCUCUCGCUCCUUACAUUAUCAUAAUAUGAUCUACAUUAUCCAUAGUAAAUUAGAAGUUGGAGACUGCAAUCUAUCGAGUCAGGAGCAACUAUCGUGAACGUUCGAUAGAAAAUAAUCACUGUUAUAUAAUUUCACAUUAUAUUCUCUUAUAUUAUAAUAUUACCAGGAUCACAAAUAAGGCAAGCUACAUCUCAAGCACUCAAGAAUAUAUCGGAUUCUGCUACAAAGUUGGUUAAGACUCCCAUCACUAAAAAGACUCGCAGCGAACCCACGAGCACCGACUACGACGUGAACAGAAAGAGAGACGGCCUAAUGUACACGUCGGAUGACGACAAACCGCACGCUAAAAUAGAUCAUGUUGUUAAAAGGCACAAGGACGAUAAAAGCAAACAAGAGCCCGCUACUAGUCAAAAAGUUAAAACUGACGAUAGAAGGAAAACUACUUCUAAUCAAAAAGAUGACGCGUCAGAUGCUACCUCCACAUUCAGUGAUAAACAAAAUAAGAGAACUCAUGAUGAAAUGGUCCGUACUAAAGAUAAACAUGGCAGCGGAAAUAAAAAUGACAGCUUAAAUGAAGGAAUUAAAAAGGAAUCAAAACUUGAUGAAGGACCCAGAAGCAGCAGAGACAAACAUAAAGAAAAGACAGUAGAGAGUAGAGAUGAUUCCUACAGUAAAGAAGUUAAGAGGAGAUCAGAAACAAAUAGUCGCAACGAGACACAAGGGAGAGGCGACGAGGACCCGUCCACGAGUAAGGACGUCGACGUGGAGCCGAGGAAACGAUCGCGGGCUAAACCUGAGAGAGAGCUGGGCGCGGUGCUGCGCGGCGUCGUGCUGACGUUCAGCGGGUACGUGAACCCCGAGCGGGCCCAUCUCCGCCACCUCGCCACCAGCAUGGGGGCCACCGUCACCCGCGACUGGGAGCCCGCCUGCAAUCUGCUCGUGUGAGUGCCGCAUAGAAACAACUGGCAUCUUAAUAUAAUUGAAUAACGCUAAGUGCUCGGUACGGGACGGCCAGGUGUGCGUUCCCCAACACUCCGAAGUUGAAGCGAGUCCGCAGCGAGUGCGGUGCCAGCGUUCCCGCGGUAACCGCGCAUUGGCUGAAGGAGGCGCACGCGCGCCGCCGCCGCCCGCCGUGGAGGCGCCACGCCACCGAGCCGCAGCUGCGCGGGGAGUGCGACAGCGGCGACAGCGGCAGCGGCGGCGACACGGAACCGUCUGAAGAAUGCGACACGGACGACGAAAUAGAGAAAGUGCUUCGAGCGCAGAAGAAACCGCGCGUGGACACGCCCCCACCCACACACGCGCGCAACACCACGCCCCCACCCGCACACACGCACGACGACGACGACGGAGGCGACACCGACCGGGACACAGGUAGGGGAGUCGGGAACAUUUUAAUAUCUCCAUCAGAACCUUGAGACAAAAAUAUACACUGACUUC